AUGGAUUCAUUCGAACAAUCACACACUUUGCAAGAAUCCAAUCACAAAAAACGCCGCAAAAUCGGCGACACCACCGCCGAUCAAAACUCCCUCACUCUCGUGCGGUGGAGAUCUGAAUCCGACCAGAACAACUACUCCAAAAAACUAAUCGAAGCUCUCAGCCGGAUCAACUCUCCAACAACCACCACCAAACCUAGAGCCGCUUCUCAAGUCCGCGAAACCGCCGAUCGCGUCCUCGCCAAAUCCGCCAAAGGAAGAACACGCUGGAGCCGCGCGAUUCUCGGAAAAUGGAAGAAACUUCAUAGACACCACAGAAAAGUCAAGAAAGCCGCAACCGGAUUGAACAGAACCGGAAUCGUAAGAGAGAGGUUACCGGCUGUGCAGAAGAAAACACGCGUGCUCGGCCGGUUGGUUCCCGGCUGCCGCAAAGUACCGUUACCAAAUCUUCUAGAAGAAGCUACUGAUUAUAUUUCUGCCUUGGAGAUGCAAGUGCGUGCUAUGACUGCUCUCGCUGAGCUUCUCGCCGGUCGAACAUCGGCUGGACUCGCCGGUCAUGUGCUGAGUUGA